AUGCAUGAAAACAAGCCGCAUCCACUCCUGGCCCAAGUGCCAUUGACUGUAUCACCCUUCGUCUCCCUCCCAGCCUCAACGACUCUCCCAUACACUUAUAAAACCCUCCCCUCGACCCUUCCGCCAUCAUCUACAGGAAUCACAGCAUCAGCCGGAGGCGAAGACAAAACCCCAUAUAUCGUAUCCUCAUCAGGCCACGCAGCGCAUCCAGAUGAGAUAAUCAAGUCUUGCAAAGCUCUACAAUCAUAUAUACAGAAAGUGCAAGAUGAUGCUGAUAAAGAGCUUAAAGCAUGGGAGGAUUCUAUAGCUGCUAGGGAGCUUGCAGAGAAGAGGAGGGUUGCGCCUGGCUGGCUGGACAGUGAGGCGAGAAUAUUGGAGCCGGAGAGGAAGAACACUGGGACUGGAAGUCAGGAGCUUGCACAUGAAAAUCUUAUGGACGCAGAUGUAUCAAGAGCUGAGGCAUCUGGGUUGCAAGGGACGCCAGUUGCUCUUCCUAGGGGUGAGGGGGAUGAAUUAGAUCGUGCAUUUGGGGGCUUAGGCUUUGGCGGCAUUAAAUGUGGGCCCGAGCUCAAGAAAGCUCAACCUCGCCCAACCCAAAAACCCUUCCCCUCGAGCAUCACGAUGCCUCCACGAAUACCCCGGGUCGGAACCUGCCUCUCUAAAACCUCUCGAGUGGCAAUCGCGCCCAGAAGUUCACAAAUAUGUCCAAUCUGUUCCCUGUCGCGGACUGCACGCUCUGCGACUUCAACUAAACGGCGACGUUUUCAACCCAAAUUCCUACUAUCAAGCUGCCGACAACAAUCCGGAACCGCCAGCGCGUCGACAACAAAUGACCCGCCCAGAGUCCCACCAAAGUCCCCAAGAUUGGAGCUCCACGAUGCCCUCCUCGAGCUCCAAAAAGAUGCUGCGAAUUACAUCAACAUCUCCAAACUCCAGCUCGCUCUCCGCGGUCUUGAGCAAAUACCGGGUGAAGAAAUGAUACGAGUCGCAAUACUAGGAAUAGCAGAUGGUGGGGCAUCACUUCGGAAAGCGAAAGAGUUGCUCAGACUACUUCUCGCGGAUCCGUUGAAGUCAGAGGAAGAAUGGGAGAGGGUCUUACUGGAUCAUCGGCCGAGGAGUAAACCGAUCCUUAUUCGCGUGGGAGGUAAUGGUGUGGAGGAGGGAGGAUAUAGUUCUCAGAUGGUGCAGGAAAUACAUGUUUCGUCGCCGACGAUCGGAGGAUAUAAGCUGGAAAUUUUGGUGCUGGAGCUGGGUGUGGAGGGCAUGGCAAUGGGACAGCAAUUAGAUCGGUUCUUGGACUCUGCAUUGGUGCCGACGAUGGAGAUCCCGACGUCGAAUACGGGAAGGUAUACGCCCAUUACUACGCCUGUGCAUAGGUCAUUACUUGUUGGGCAGGGUAUACGGGGUGCCAGCGAAUUCUUAUCGAUGUCUUCCCUAAGCACCUUGCAGGAGGAGCCAUUUCAUAGCUGGAAUAUUGUCCAGCCAGCUGUUGAUUUCCAGGGUGAAAAUCCAGCUGAGAAAGAAAAACUGCCUAUUCAGUUCAUUGAUAUCAGUCAAGCUUCUUCUGCGCUUGGCUCGUUCAGAAAGAGUGUAAACAACGCUCUCGAUUACGAGCGCAACUGGUUUGCAAGCGGUGUUCCCGCACUUGUUGAAUGGAUGAAGAUAGGCAAGGAGGCUCCUGAUGGAGUACUCAGACGUCCUAUUUAUUACCUGAUUGAAUCACUGCUUCUCAAUACAGAGCAUUCCAUACGUCUCGAAUCAAGGCGUCAGCAGGAUGCACACCUUUCUAGGAAGAUAUCCUCAGUAGUUAUCCACCGUCUGCGGAAAGGUCUUGCGGAAUGGGCAGAAGGAGCGCAUACUGAGCUCCGCGAUCAGCUGGAUAUUGCAUUCCAUGGCCGCCGUUGGCGGAAACUGGGGUGGUGGAAGCUGUUUUGGCGCGUGGAUGAUGUAUCCAUGAUUGCAUCUGACAUUCUGAAUCAGCGUUUCCUUACCGAAGCUGAAAAAGAACUCAUCUUCCUCGCCGGACGCAUCGAAGAAGCUGGAAUAUUCUCCGUGUCGACCGCCAAACCUGAGAAUUGGGCAUACAAACCUAUUCAGCUCAAGAAGAAAGAGCUUAAAUUGGGUGUUAGGCCACCGAGGCCAGAUGUUACUGAUUUAGUUAUACAGGAGGAUACACAGGAGGGCAAGAUGAAGAACCAGCCAUGGCCAUUGAACAUCCCACUCACGAGAUCCUACAUUGCCACUGAUACUGUUCCUGCUCUGCAAGCACUAGCGCAAAAGCUCGUCUUGCAAACUCUUAUUACAUCCUCGUCUUUCUCUGCCUUUGCAGCUCUUACAUAUAUCUCUACACUCUCAACGGGAUUGUACGAAGCAGGUGCUGUUGCAGCAGUGGGUAUUGUGUGGAGUUUGCGCCGGAUGCAGGGGAAAUGGGAGACGGCGAGGACGUUCUGGGAAGGAGAAGUGAGAGAGGAAGGAAGGAAGGCUGUUAGGAGCGUCGAAGGGAUUGUGGGGGAUGUUCUGAAAGUCCCUGAUGAUAUAGUACCUGUUGAUCCGGAACUAAAGAGAGCGGAAGAGGUUUUGACUGAAGUAGCGCAGAAGCUUAAAGCUUGUGACAACGCGCCCGAGCAGUCUACCACAGCGAUAGAGUCAAAAGGAGUUCCGCCCACGGAUCUCGAGGAUGGCGAAUACGAAGAAGGCGGCCAAGAUGAACCAGACAAGCAGAACAAUAGCAACGCACCACCACUCCCCGAUGAAGCCCCCCCUCUACCUUCGGAAGCCCCUCCCUCAGAUGACGGCUGGGCGCCCAUCUGGGAAGAAACUGCUAAAGCCUUCUACUUCUACAACCGCUUCACGCACGCAACCCAAUGGACAAAUCCACGAGUACCCGACACCUCAACAAAUACAACCCUACCACCACCACCAGGCCUGUCUCCCGCCCCAGCUCCAGAAACCUCGCAAAGCCCUCCCCCUCCAACAGAGGCAGUAAUAACAGGCUACAACCCAGCCAUACACGGUGACUACGAUCCCAGCGCCUGGUACGCUCAGCCAUCCGCCCCUCCACCCUCUGCCCCUCAAGACCCAAACUCCGCGGAUCCCUACGCAGCUACCGCAGCCUUUAACAGAUUUACCGGACGCUUCCAAGCCCCAGAAAUCAGCACGGAUAAUUUUAACGACGAGAAUAAGUCGAAGCGGCAGAUGAAUGCGUUCUUCGAUGUCGAUGCUGCGGCGAAUAGCCACGAUGGGAGAAGUUUGAAGGCCGAGAGGAGUGGAAAGAAGUUGAGUAAGACUGAGUUGAAGACCUUCAAGGAGAAGAGGAAGGCGAAGAAAGAGGAGAAGCGGAGGGCUUGGCUGAGAGAUUGA